UUUGUCAGAACAACGCAACCUGCACUGUGACGUCAAACACCCAUGUGACGUGUACAUGUACACCAGGAUUUAGGGGACAGCAUUGUGAAACUUCACUUUGUGCGAGUUCUCCAUGUAAUGGCGGCACAUGCACAAUGACGUCACAAGCGCCUUUCUACACAUGCGCAUGCGCAGCUUCGAGGACAGGCACUCACUGUGAAUUGGAUCAAUGUCUACACCAGUCAUGUCAAAACAAUGGAACGUGUCGAAGUAUCGCCCAAAGCCCGUUUUACGCAUGUGAUUGCAGAGUGGGAUACUACGGACAUACAUGUCAACACAGCCACUGUGACAAGUCCCCUUGUCAACACGGCGCAUGCGCAGUGACAACCUCUGCACCGUUUUAUUCAUGUUCAUGUACGCUGGGCUAUUCAGGAUAUAACUGCUCAGUGGAUCCAUGUCAGACUCACAGCUGUCAAAAUGGCGGCCAGUGUAGUGUGACGUCACAGUCGCCAUUCUAUGAGUGCGCAUGCUCAACGGAGUACUACGGCAUUAACUGCGAACAUGAUCACUGCGGAACAAACCCGUGCCAACAUUAUGGCACAUGCGCAGUUAGCUCCAUUAAUCCAUUCUACACCUGCAGCUGUACGCCGGGGCACUUCGGACACAACUGUGAUGCAACCAAUUGUGAUAACUCUCCGUGCCAUCAUGGUAUUUGUACCGUGACAACAGCCGCCCCGUUUUACCAUUGCGCCUGCAGACCGGGAUACUCGGGCCAGAACUGUACAGAAAGCGCGUGUAAGAGUUACCCAUGUCACCAUGGAGGCACGUGCAGAGUGCAAGGACACACACCAAUGUACACGUGUUCCUGUAGGCCGGGUUACACCGGAACUAACUGUCAAGAUACACAUUGCCGCAGCUCGCCCUGUCAGAAUAACGGAAAAUGUCACAUGACUGCCUCGUCACCGUAUUACUCAUGCGCAUGCCCAGUAGGAUAUAAUGGCGCUUCUUGUGAGACACGAGUACCUGUUACAGUAAACAUCAAUGAUACUGGGGACAGCCUGUGUCUUGCGUGUGAUAACGUUGUUUCUCCACAUUCAUGUGACAGGCUAUCCCUAUGUGGAUCACAUGAGAGUUGCUUCAUCGAUACCUUUGUGAACUCACUUGGUAGCAUUCGUUAUAACCUAGGUUGCCGGGAUUCAAUCCAAUGCGCAACGGCUGGAAAACGUUCAGAUGCAACACUUGAGGGGCGUACACUCAGCGCAAGAUCAGCUGUUGUCUGCUCCCAGUGCUGUCGAGGAAAGCUCUGCAACAGUGGGGGCUGUGGACUCGAAACGUACUUCGAAGGACCAUAUGUUGAUAGGGGACCAAUUUGCUUCAAAUGCUCUCAGCAAAACGGAGUUGAUGAUUGUGAUUCUGUCGAAAUUUGUAGCCGGGAUCAGAUUUGCCAGUUGAAGAUUUCCGGAAUGGUAGAUACCCAAACAAUUUGGGAGAGUACCUGUAUCGAUCAUCAGUCCUGCUUCAACGGAUUGAACGAAGUUCUUGGCAACUCAAACACACCAAUAGACGUCGACCCACCUGUCAUUGGAAAACGUGACGUCAUCAACGCAACUACUUCCGGUCACCCCUGCAAGAUGGCGUGCUGUGACACCGACCUUUGUAAUAGAUACUGCCCGGAUGUCUAAUAUGAAACAUCUUCUGUAUAUUUUACUAAAGGAAUAUACU